ACUUUGAGUAUUAGACUAAUGUGCCAUUAAGUCAUGGAGGCCAAAAAAAUUUUAAGAGAAGAUCCUUGUGAGUCCAGUGGAAUAAUAUGGAUGUUGGAAAACAUCAUACCCAGCACUAAUAUGUGGUACUAACCUCUUCAACUCAUUAUGCAUAUGUUGCAAAAAUCUCCUAAGACAUACUACAAAAUAUAUAGCGACACGUGUUCAUGACUUGAGAAUGUCCUGGUAACAGCGUAGACUUUGAUCGACACUAACUCUAUUAACUUUGAAUUAUGUUUUCCUAUACGGCAUUUUCUUUUCAUUUUUAUGUAGUUACAACUUGACUAAAAUUGAGCCACUGAAUUCGCAGUUCUAACCACUCGAGAAAAAUGCUGGGAAAUCGCAGAUAAAGUGAGAUGGGAGUCUGGUAGAAGCGUUGCUGUUCAUCCCUGAAAUCCCUACUCCAGGCAUUUUCCUCUCCUGCAGCCAAGCAGCCAAGAUCGACUCGCCGCACCGCCUGAAACUUUGUGGCCAAUCCACACACAGCACAAUAGAGACUUUCCAAUUUCGGCAAAAGCCUUAUAUGUAUCUCAGUCAAAAGUUAAUACAAAAGUCAAUACUUUAUUCAUAAAAUAGCCACCACUUUAUCAUUACCACACUCAAAGGUCAUUGGGUCAUAAUGCGCAAAAGGGGUAGGUGCACCUUUCCUGCCUCAGAGCUUCUGUACCACCACGGUGCCGGCCCUAAAUUUCCGUCUAACUCCUCUCAUUUUUUCAUUUUACCGACUCUCAACCUGAAAUCGACAGCCAAGCCUGUCAAAACUGACACAAUUGCGACACCUGUCAAGUCUGCCAAAGCAACCACUGCCAAGCGACUACCAUCAACUCUUACCAGGCCUACCCCAGGCCUCCCAGAAUUGCGCGAAAAUGCCUCUACACCUAAUAAGGAAGUCUAGAUGAGCUACUGCUUAAAGGCCAGUACCCGACAAAGCCCUUGUCCUUGACAUUCUU